CUUCCUAUCUCUCUUACAUUCCUCCUUUUAUUAGCUUCUUCUCUUCCCCUACACAAAAACGACCAUCUACAUUAUUUUCAUCAUUUCAUAUUCAAAAAGAUUUCUAAGUGUUGAGCUAAAAUUCUCCUUAAUAAAGAGAAUGUCGUCGAAGAAAUAUCGAUAUUCUUCAUCUUCUUCUUUUUCUUCUUCAUCUUCUUCUCAGCUAAGUACUCCAAGAGCAUUGCAAAAUGGGUAUUCUCAAGCCAUUGCUAAAUCUCCUCUUUGGGAUGUUGAAGAGGUGAAAUGCAGCUUUAGUUCCUCAGUGUCUAAGUGGAACGAAGAACUUAUUGGAGAGAUCGCGGAACUUGACACCGAGAUCUUACAGUUAGAGCGGUAUCUUCUCUCGCUAUACAGAUCAUCUUUUGGAGAUCAUUUGCCUGAUAAUUCUUCACUCCCUCCAUGCACGACCAAAUUUCACAAUGACCAGGCCUCUUCUGUUUCUGAUAAGUCUGUCUUGUCCAGGCUCAAACAGUUCUCUAAAACGGACAAGAUAAAAGGAUCUGACUCUGGUCACCCGAGUUUGGCUGAUCUUCUUGGUCUUAACACUCUCAGCCCUAAUAAACUCUCUGAAGAGAUUCUGAGAAGUAUUUGUGUGAUACACUACAAACUCUCAGACAAUGGACAUAACAGAUUGGUCAAGAACUCAAAGAAUGAAGAGUAUGGGCAGGAACUUGGAGUUGGUAUCCAUAAGCUAUACCUAGACGAUUACAAUUUAAAGUCCGUAGAGAGCAUGCUUCAGAAUUUUAGAUCAUUAGUUCAAAAGCUCGAGAAAGUUGAUCCGGCAAGGCUCGGUCGGGAAGAGAAGCUUGCGUUCUGGAUCAACAUACAUAAUGCUUUGGUGAUGCACGAAUAUAUAGUAUAUGGAAUUGGUGAAGAUACAACAAGCACAUUAAUGAAUUUGAAGGCAGCAUUUAACAUAGGUGGGGAGUGGGUAAAUGCAUACGAUAUCCAGAGUUCGAUAUUGGGCAUUCGUCCAUGCCAUUCACCAUCACGUUUACGGACGCUGUUUUCACCGGCUAAGAGUUCAAAGACAAGUAGUGGUAGACACACUUACGCGUUGGACUAUGCCGAGCCACUUCUUCAUUUUGCCCUCUCGACCGGAGCAUCAACCGAUCCAAUGGUCAGAGUGUAUACAUCAGAAGGAAUCUUUCAAGAACUUAGGCAAGCAAGAGACAGUUACAUCCAAACAAGUGUUGGAUUUGAGAAAGAGACAAAGAUUUUAUUGCCAAAGAUCAUUUACAACUAUGCGAAGGAUACUUCUCUUGACAUGGGUGAACUCUUUAGUACCGUGUCUGAGUGUUUAAUGGAGUCACAAAGAACGGCAAUGAGAAGAAUUGUGAACAAAAAGCAAGAGAGAUGCAUUCGUUGGGUUCACGAUGAAUCCAAGUUCCGUUAUGUCAUCCAUUCGGAACUUGUGAGAGGCAGUCUUGAAAUUUGAAAACCAUCUUUUGUACCUAGUCACUCUAUGGUUCGUCUAAAUAUUGUUUUUGUUUUUGUGCCAAGAUAUUGCUGAAGCAUAAAGUUUGCGAUUGUAAUAUAGAAUAUUAAGAACAAAAUACAAUGUAUGUCCAUGUCUAUAACCUAACUCGCAGAUCAAUCCAAGUUGUUAAAAUAA